AUGAAAGUUAAAAAUUAAAAAGAAUGCUAAAUAAGUCUUCCAAUAAGAUCUGAAAGUGUUUCUAAUACAUAAGUGAUAGAUUUAAAAUGGAAUAAUGUAACUGUGACUUUGGUAUAAAAUAUAGAACUAUAAAAUAGAGUUAAGAAAUUAAGAAAAAAACUCAUAUAGGAUAUUUUGAGUAUCUUCUUGAUUAGGACUCAAAUAAAAAGUAUAUUUUGUAAAACGUUACAGGAUAUGCUUUAAGAGGUUAAUUGACAGCAAUUCUUGGUCCAUCAGGAGCAGGAAAAACAACCUUAGUUGCAUUAUUGAGCCAAAGAUAUAAAAGAAAUAAUAAUAUUAGUGUUAGUGGAACAUUUUUAGCAAACAAUGAAGAAUAUGAUAAGUUUACUGACUUUGGAGCUUUUGUAAUGCAAGAUGAUUUAUUGAUGGCAACUCUUACAGUCAAAGAAACAUUAUUAUUUUCAGCUUCUUUGAGAUUGAAAGGCUCACAAAUGGAUAAGAUAAUUAGAGUAAAUGAACUUAUCAAAGAUCUUAAUUUACAUUUAUGUUAGGAUACUUAUGUAGGGGAUAGAAUGUUAAAAGGGAUAUCUGGAGGAGAGAAGAAACGAACAGCUAUAGGUGUUGAAUUAGUGUGUGAUCCUCCAGUUAUUAUUUUAGAUGAACCUACAUCAGGAUUAGAUUCAUAUACAGCAUUUAUUUGUAUGAAUAUCUUAAAGAAAAUUGCAUUAAAGUAUUAAAGAACUAUUCUUUUCACAAUACAUUAACCAAGUUUUGAUAUCUCAUCACUUUUUAAUAGAGUGAUAAUUAUGAAUAAUGGAUAAAAUGUUUAUUAAGGUAAUGCUGAUUAAAUAAUUGGAUAUUGUGAAUAGAUUGGAUUGUAAGUAUUAGCAUAUUCAAAUCCUUUGGAUACUAUUAUGAAUAAUCUAAAUCCCAUAUAUAAUAAUUAAUAAUCAUUAGUUACUUAUGAGAAUUAUUCAAGAUAUUUAGAAUUAGCAGUGACUAGUUUCACAACUUAGUAAAAUGGAAUUAUCAAAAGAAAAACUUAGAGUACUUUUGGUUAAGAAUUUAAAAUGUUGUUUUGGAGAGCAAAAACUCAUUUUUGGAGAUCACCUGUUCUUUUAAGAGCAAAAUUAAUAGCAGCUUUUAUUUUAUCUAUAUUUAUUGGGAGUCUUUAUUGGAAUGUUGGUGAUGAAAUGCCAAAUCAAUCACCUGAAUUAUCUAAAUAUUCAGAUGUUACUAAAUUUUUAUAGAAUAUGAAUGGAGCAUGUUUUAUGGGAGGAACAGGAGCAUUCUUUUCAGCUUUGCAUCCAAUGAUGAUGUUAUGUAAAUUUAUUAUUUAUUUUAGUUCCUGUUGAAAGAGAUAUCUUUUUGAAGGAAGAAAAUACAAAAUUAUAUAAAAUAUUUCCCUAUUUCAUAACAAAAAUCUUAGUAGAAAUUCCAUCUAAUAUUUCAGUUUCUAUAAUAUUGGCCCUGAUUCUAUAUUGGGCAUUUGGAUUCAUUUGGGAAUUUGCAAAAGUGAUCUAAUUUAUACUAAUAACAAUAGCUGUAUCAUUAAGUGGAAAUGGAAUAGGAAUGUAUUCAAUUUGUUUAACUUAUUAAGUUUUACAGGAUGUCUAUUUCCUGAUCCAAAGAGAGCUGCUCAAUUAGGACCAGUUAUAAUGUUACCAAUUUAACUAUUUGGUGGACAAUUAGUAAAUCUACAAUCAAUUCCUAAAUGGAUUAGUUGGUUCUAAUAUGUUUCAGUAUUUAUAUUAAUAAAUAUUUAAGCCAUUCAAAUAUUUUUUGGAAGCUUUUGGAAGAACUCAGCUUGAAGAUGUAGAAUUCAAAUCAAUCAUCUAAAAAGGUGAUUCCUUUUCGCUUGUAACGAUUAGUCCUAUGGAAUAUUAUGGAAGAGACUUUGGAUUAUGGAACAGCAUUAUUGUAUUAUUUGGAGUGGCUAUAGCUUUUCAUAUUUUAGCAGUGAUAAUGUUAAAGUUAUUAAUUAAGAAGCUGAAUGUAUGA